AUGUCUGAUCCUGCUUGGAAUGAAUUUAUAAAACAUCCUUCCAAAACUUCUAAAGGACAUCCAGGUGCAGAAUGUAGAUAUUGUGAACAUAAAUUAUCUGGUCAAGCACAACGUCUUCGAGCACAUUUAAAAUCUUGUCAAAAAUAUCAAAAUUUUUUAGCUCAAAAAAACCAAAAUGAAUUUACAAUCCUAAAUUCUAUUACUCAAGAAAAACAAAAUUAUCCUAUUGAUUCUUAUUUAUUACAGCCAUUAAGUUCUACUGAAAAAAAAACAAUUGAUAAAAAAAUUGCACGUGCAUUUUAUGCAAAUAGUAUUCCACAUAUAUUAAUUGAAAAUAAAUUUUUUAUUCAAGCUUUAAAAUCACUUCAUCCUACUUAUGAUCCACCAUCUUACUGGAUGAUUAGUAAUAAUUUAUUAAAAGAAGAAUAUGAUACAGUUCAAGAACAAAUUCAAAAAAUUUAUUUAAAUGAAAAGUUUAUUUCAAUUUCAACAGAUGGAUAG